UGCCGCUCUCCCAGCUACCGAGUUCUCCAAAAUCUGACACAACUCAAUAUCGAGGGCCAUACAGCACUGUAUUGGGCAAUCGUGAACAAUCGGCCACAAGCUCUUUGGACAUUUAUCAAGUUCAUUUCCGGCGCGAGUCCCUCUGUUUAUUCCGACUUGCGCAUUGCUUGCAUGAUACCAACGACCAUACAAUGUUUAAGGAGCUCACAUUUGGAAACUGUAAGUAGUACACAGCAAUGUCCACCGGAGAAACCACUGAUUUGGAUAAUAGUAAGUGACAGGCGUUCGAGAUGCUUUUUAGGAUGUCUACCAGAUGCAGUCCAGGUACAUCCAUGCGACGAACCCACCAACCAGUUUGAUGUUGUUUUUCAAAUCAGGAUAUUCCAGAAACGCCUGCGCACCUACAAAAGUCUGCACUUCGAAUUUGUCGCAGGGGGUGUGUGGUCC